AUGUCCAUUGCCAUUGGCUACUCGAGGAUGACGGGGAAUCCACAUUUUCCAGCGGUCCAGCAUUCCAGCAGUCCAGCGUGUCACAAACCUCAUAGGGGCACGCACAAGCAGCACUACGUGUAUCCAUCGCUUGCCGUCCCCCUCGAGGUCAUGGAGAAGGCGGCUCAAAACAUCUCUGACUCUCCCCUCCCAUCCCCACUACCCUCCCCACCCUCUAGUGUGCCCAGCUCACCCAGCUCAGCACCAACGGCGCCUCCUUCCUCCCUCGCUCCCUUCCCCCUCUCCCUCGACCCUAGUCCUUCUUUGGUGGCCGUAUCUUCGCUCUCUCAGGCUGCCAUACCCUUGACCGCUCAGGCUAAGCGCAAGCCAUCUCCUCGCAAGAAGAAGAACGCUGCCGCCAAGUUCAAGAUCACCCCAGCCCUCAAAUGCUCUGUGAGCGGGUGCACAGGACGUGCACCUAGCUCAGCGUACGAGUGCGAUCGCAAGAUGUGCGCGACGCACUGCGGCUUCGAGGGCGGCUGCCACUCUGUGCCGACGCAUGUAGACCUUCGCCCCAUGUCGUCUCAAUCGCAGGCUGGGCCGUCAGCGUCUCAGACAGAUGAGUCGAGCUCUCAGGCGGCAUUGGCCCGUGCCAUUGACGAUGCACUCUCGCACGUUGACCCCACCCUUCGCCCCUCUGCCCCUUCAGCAAAGAGCUUGGGUAAGCGGCGAGCUGACGAUAUGCCGCCCUCGACGGCACCACCAGCUCUCCAGGCCACACGCACCUUGACUCUCCCUUCCAGCGGGCGACCCGAGACCACCGAGGCUCCUCCCUUUGGGUCUACCCGCUACACUGUGCAGUUAAAUGAUACCUGGAAUGGCAAGUUCGAGAUUGACCAGUCUCGGAUGGUUCGCAACAUCAGUGGCGAGCAUAUUCGCAAGGCUUGCCAGAGGGAUGUCAAGAAGGUUCUCAAGGUAUUCAUAUACUACGAUGAUAAAGUCGACCCAAAGCUCCUCUACCUCCAAGGUCAGGCAAACCUGCCGACCUGGCCUUAUUUCUCGCUCCUUGCAUGCGCCCAGGCCCGUCCAUCCGAGCUCCACUAUCUGCAUGAGGACACGCUCGUCGACAAGUGGGAUUCUGGCGAAUUCCAAGUCUGGGCAAGCUGUGACAUCAGCGUCAUCCACACGGUACGAGAGAAUGACACCCUGCUCUUCAAGUUGCGAGAGGUUCAAGAAUGCUUCGGGCUCGACACGUUCACCAGCCGCCUUGGCAAGAUGAAGACGCCUGUCAAUGCCAUGUCCAAGACAGACAUCAGCCUCAUGCGCAAGCGCCCACGCCCGCCCACGCCUGACCUCUUGGCGUCUCCACAGUCCUCUGAGGACUCUCCUUACAAUCCCAUGGACGCCGUGCCCUCCCCCUCGGCUCGUUCAAUUCGUCGCAAGGUUUCCCCCUCUUCACACGUCUCCUCGUCCUCGUCCUCAUCCUCGUCCCCAUCUCCUUCGCGUCUCAAUCCAUCUCCCUCACACCCAGGCCCUUCCCUCCUUCAGCCGCAGCCAGAACUCGUCAACCGCAUUGUUGGCCUUCCACUCCCAAAGAUGCCGCCGUCCGUGACUGUUGUGCCCCUCCCUCCUUCACCUCUUGGCCCAUCACCUAUGCUUCCGGCGAAGGUGUUCGACCAGGAACCCAAUCAUAUCCAGUGGCCGACACAUUGGCAUGUUGUCGACGUGCUCAAUGGUCUCUACUGGCUACGGAGUCCAUCCCUGCGCAGCAAGGGCCUCUUGGAGGUGUUCAAGCAUGUCUUCGGCACGCGAUAUGUCCGGUCGACCGUCUACGAGACAGUCGACAAGUGGGGCAAGCUUGAACCCUCGCAAAGGUGUUCGUUCUACAAGGCCAACCACACGCCCAUGGGAUAUUGGAGGGCUCUCCCGAAAAAACCGAAGAAGAAAAAGAAGAUCACCACCGAGACGGUCGACAUGGACUUUACGAACAUCCCGGUGACGCCGCCGAUCCCAUCUAUACCGCGCAUCAAGAUCGAGCCCAACUCAGAGGUAAUCGCUCGCGUCUCAGAGGUUUUCGAACAUGACUUGGACCCGGCGGCGGUUUACGACUUGACGGAGGGUUUGUAG